AAUGGAAGUCUCUAUUGGAAUUUACUUAUAUAUUUAACUGUGUUCUAAUGUAGUUAUGCGGGUGAUGCGUUAUAACAUUUAUUUAAUUUCAAGUGAUCCGUAUUUUCGGAUUAAUUAGAUUUGAAGGUGACGAUAAAACUGUGAGUUUAGUGUAAAUGAAGUCAGUGGCAAAUAUUGUGCAGCGUAGUAGUUGAUGGAGAUGGAGCUCAACGCAAAGGUUGGCAACUCUGCUUCCUCACAAGCCCCGGCCGCCGACCAGCGCACUGGGGCUCCACCGCACAUCGCGCCCGUCUCGCACCCCGCUGCCUCCCGCCCGUUCCCCAUCGCUCGCUCCGACCGGGAAUUUAUCUGGCGAGAACCAAAAACUGCCUCUGCCCAACUCAUCAUAUCAACAUUUGACAUGUGAGAAACUGAGCACCAGCACACA